CUUCAAAUAAUCGCCAAGACUAAAGGUGCCCAUAAAGUGUUGGAUCAAAUGCAUUGAAGAGAAGACUAUGGAGCUGCAAAUUGCGAAAUGCAGUUCCUGGAACAUGCUGAGCGACUACAAACAAGCAACCCAUGUCUGCUUCUCUCUUAUUUACUCAUCAGCACACCAUGAUUGGUCAAACAGGCGGCCAAGCCAAGACAAAUAACACAAGAAGAAGAAAAUAAUAAUGUAAAGAACAAAAGCUUGAACCUUUAUGGUGGUUCUGUAAGAUCAAAUCUCUCUCCUUUCUCUGCAUGUGACAAACCCAAUGUCCCUUCUAUUCUUAAUCAGCACUAUCUUCUCCCUAACCCUAACAUCAAACUCUAUCGCCCAACAGCAAAACGGCACCGCCUCAUGCCCUCUGGAUUUCACAGUACUGAACAAAUUUGGGGUGGAAUCGAGUAGGUCCGAUGUAGAUCUCUCAAUGGAGUGCAACUACAUCCGUCAGGGCCUCCGACUCGUCCAAUCCCACUACCUCCAACUCAAUGGCUCGUUCCUUCCGCCACUCGAGUCCGCCGAGGCGUGCUGGAUCGCUUACCAGUCCGGCGUCAACCGAUACCUUCCCAAUUUCGAUAUCCGCAAGUCCUGCGGAUUCCAGACCUCGUGGAUUUCACAGGGAUGCAUGAACAUCAUUACUAAGACCCAAUUCGUAUCCCUAAUCCCCAACGCCACGUUAGACGACGUGGCUACGAAUUGUAACCAGUCGUUGGAGAACAACUCGCCGUGUGCGUCUUGUACCACGAGCUUGUCGAGGCUGCAGGUGUACUUGACGGGGCCUUCGGUGGGGAACGUGUCGGAUUGCACGGCGUAUCCGUUUAUUUAUGCGGCGGCGUUUGCUAAUCAGUUUGGGCCAACUGACACCGGCACCGCGAAGUGUUUGUUCUCUUUAGAUUUGACUUCGGUGAACUCCGGUGAGAAGAAGAAGCGAAAUGUUGUUAUUUUGGUUGUUUUGAUUGGGUCUGGAAUUGGGUUGUUAGCGAUUAUUGUUGGAGCUUGGUUUUUAUGCCAUCGACAUGAGAGAUUGAAGAUGAAGCAGAGGGAAGAGGAGCUUAGAAGAGCUGAGACGGAUUUGGGUUCGGCGUUGGAAUCAUUUGAUGAGAGUACUACUCUGGUUAAGUUCACACUUGAGGCGGUCAAAAAGGCAACAAGGAACUUCUCUCGUGAAAACCUAAUCGGGAGAGGAGGUUACGGGAACGUGUACAAAGGUGUUUUACCAGAUGGUUCUGAGGUUGCAUUCAAGAGGUUUAAGAAUUUCUCUGCAAUGGGGGAUGCAAACUUUGCACAUGAAGUGGAGGUUAUUGCAAGUGUGAGGCAUGUGAAUCUUGUUGCUUUGAGAGGGUAUUGCAUUGACACUACUUCUUUUCAGGGUCACCAGAGGAUAAUUGUGUGUGAUUUGAUGAAGAAUGGGAGUCUCCAUGACCAUUUGUUUGGGGCCGCAGAGAUGAAACUUAGUUGGCCAAUUCGACAAAAGAUUGCGCUGGGGACAGCUAGGGGAUUGGCUUAUUUGCAUUCCGGUGCUCAACCAGGUAUCAUUCAUAGGGAUAUUAAGGGCAGUAAUAUACUUCUGGAUGAGAGGUUUGAGCCCAAGGUGGCAGAUUUUGGGCUUGCCAAGUUUACGCCCGAGGGAAUGACACAUUUGAGCACCAGGGUUGCUGGGACAAUGGGCUAUGUUGCUCCUGAGUAUGCAUUGUAUGGGCAAUUAACAGAGAGAAGUGAUGUAUAUAGCUUUGGUGUUGUGUUUCUCGAGCUUUUGAGUGGGAAGAAGGCACUCCUUAUGACUAAUGAGAACCAACCCUCUCUAGUAACUGAUUGGGCAUGGUCAUUGGUGAGGAAAGGGAGAGCCUUGGAUGUCAUUGAAGAGGGUAUGCCAGAGUUGGGCACACCAGAGGUCCUGGAGAAGUAUGUACUGGUUGCUGUUCUUUGUUCUCAUCCGCAGUUAUAUGCUAGGCCAACAAUGGAUCAGGUGGUGAAGAUGUUGGAAACAGACAUAUCAGUUCCCUCAAUCCCUGAAAGGCCAAUUCCUAUUGUAUCUGAGAUGGAUGAUAUUGAGAGAUCUGUGAGCACUAGCGGCUCUGGUCACAUUGCGUCCUAUUCUGGCUACCAGCCAUUUACAUUUGAGAGCGACUUUCCUUCUGGCCAUAAGGAAGAUGGGGAACAUCUGGAUUCUGUAAGGAUAGAAUAGUGAAUAUUUGAAUUCUCAAAUGCAGUUUCCUUAGGUUAGUCUGCUCACGACGACUGAUUUAUUGAUUUAGAUUGCGUGGUUCAUCAUUGUGAAAUCAUUUGUUGAUUCUUUAAACAGGUGUAAAAUCAUAGUUGAUUCUUUAAAAAGUGAUACAGAGCACCGUUAUACAAUUUGCCAUCAAAUGUAUCUUUCAUACUCCAGCGGGUACUCUGGUAACACUAAUGUUCAUAUUGCAAUUAUAGUUGUUAAGACCUAGGUGAGAAUAUUUGCCUAGAAUGCAAGUUAAAUUUCGACA